GAAGACAAAAGCAGGAAAAGUUGACAUAUUAAAUGUGAAAACGGCCUGCCAUACAGUGGCGGAGAUAACGGUGGUCUGAUGGGGGGAGGAGACUAGUCUUCUGUCAUCAUAAGAGGUUACCACAGUCCAACGGAUCUGUCCACGUCCUACGACUCUGUCUGUCUGACUGAAUAUGUCUGAUCUCCAGGCGAAGUUUGAUGCUGCAGCAGCUGAGGCGAAACAGCUGAAGACCAAACCUCAGGAUGAUGAGAUGUUGAAGCUCUACUCCUUGUUCAAACAGGCCACUGUGGGUGAUGUUAACACAGGCAAAAACAAAGAGGAUGCCAUGAACGAGUACAUCCAGUUGGUGGAGGAAUUGAAYCAGAAAUAUGGGAUUUAACAAAUGUCAAUUGGGACACUUGCUGGAUGGAUUAAGACCAGUCAUCCUUCAUGCCAACUAUGUGAAAUGCCUUAAAACCUGAGCACAACUUUACGAGUUACAUUCAGGGACCACUAGUCCACUGACCUGAAACAGACAGAAACUGUUUUUCACCACCAUUGUCUUCUUGCCUUCAAAUCGUCCUGUCAUUUCAAAAUAAAGUGUUUUCUCAAUARACAAUG